AUGGCAUCUUUAUCAGUUCCUAAUCACUAUAGAAGGGAUGCAAGCACAGAAAUGAUAAGAACAAAAAUUGCUCACCGGAAAUCAAUUACAUGGAAGGAAAACAGACAUAAAAAAUAUGAACAGAAAAGACACUUUGGCUUACUAGAUGUCAAUACCACAACUUUAGAAGAGAGAAAUCUUCCUCAAUUGGAUGAGACCAUUGACAACAUUCUGGAAAAGGACAAUGUCAAGCCAACAUCAACUCUGAAUAGUCUACGUGAGCUGCUUAGUAAUCGGCGAAAGGAAAUGCUUCAGCAGUAUAAAGAGCGAAAGCAACUUCAAAAAAUGAAAGAACAACGAGACAAAACGAGAGGAGGGGUAUUUAAAGUUGGGCUUUACAAACCUGAUCCACCACAGUUUCUUAGAGGUCUUCCAGGACAGAAGAUAGUGAAACCUGAACCAAAGAAGACUAUUCAGACCUCUGAAUGGAUCACAAGGUCAAAGGUCAAGGACAAAAUGGAGCAGCAACCAAAGGUUUUUCAGACCUCUGUACGGAUCACAAGGUCAAAGGCGAAGGACAAACUAGAGCAGCCAAAGAUCUAUGCUGACCAGGUCAAUAAUGGGCACAAGAUGGAAGCAGUCCAACCUGGCCAGAAGCCAACUUCUGAACACCAGUCGAGCAAAGAAAGGAAAGUUCUAAAACCUGAUAUAAGAGUAACAAGAUCAGCUACCAUAGCAACAAAACAGAUCCCUAAGCCAGCUUCAUCUAUUGCAAUGAGAAGACCUAUGCCAAAACUUAUCAGUGAAAACAAACCAGAAAGAAAAGCAUCAACUGAAGAAAGACCUCCUCCAAAGAUUGAAGUUAAAGCUGACAAAGAAAAGAUCCUUCCUUCUAAAGCUGGUGGUGAAGAAAAUUCCUCAAAGGAUGCACUUACUGAAGGACAUAGCUUUAAAAAAUCCCCAUCAGAAGAAAUUGCUGAAUUUCUUGGAAAAGAAUACAUACCUGACACAAAUGUUGCUUCUCAAGUGAGAAAGAAGUAUUCCUUUGCACCUGAAAAUUUUCUGUUCCAACCACCAGAUAGUCUGGUGAACUACAGAAUAAAACUAAUUUCUCCACAAAGGGAAUAUGUGGCACCUAAUUGUUUCUGGAGUCCUUUAGAAGUUAAAGAUGAUCACUCUCAGGAAUCCAAAAGAGAAGUUUUGAAAGAAAAUAAAGCUGACUAUAAUGCCUCAACUCAACCAGAUUUGAUUGAUUUACAAAGUCCUCCAAAACCUCUCGAAAUUCUGCAUAAAGAUUGUCUUUCAAAUAAAAAUGGAGAUACUACAACAAAUUCAGAUAACCUCUCAUUAAACACACAGACCCCUUUGCUUGAAAUAAAUGAACAUCAAGCAGCACCGCCACAACAUGAUGUACCAUAUUUCCGAAAUAUUCUUCAAUCGGAAACUGAGAGAUUAACAGGAUUCUGCCAUGAAUGGGAAAUGAAACUUGCACUGGAUAUUCCUGAUGAUGCCCAAGAUCUCAUUCGAACAACUAUUGGUCAAACAAGACUCCUUAUAAGUGAAAGGUUCAAACAGUUUGAAGGGUUGGUGAAUGAUUGUGAUUAUAAUUGUGGCCAAAAGAAGAUUACCUGCAUGGAUCUGGAUGGAUUUUGGGAUAUGGUUAAUUUUCAGGUAGAAGAUGUGAACAAAAAAUUUGAAAAACUGAGCAAACUUCAGGAAUCAGAAUGGCAGGAAAAAAAUACCAUAAACCAAAAAGUUAUUCGGAAGAAAGCUGUCCCGGUUGAAAAAUGCAAGUCAAAACAGGAUGAUGCUGCAAGAACAGCAGCUCGAAAUCGCCUGGCUGCUAUAAAAGCCUCAAUGAAAGAAAAAAUUAAACAGGAAGAACCUACAUUGGAGAUAGCAGUUCCUGGGGUCUCAAAAGCAAAGGAAAUUGACAAGAUAGUUUUUGAUGCUGGGUUUUUCAGAGUAGAAAGCCCAGUUAAGUCAUUCUCAGCCAUCAGUACAUCUAAAGAAGCUGUACAUAGCAAAUCGGAUGAUCCAACUGAAUACAAAACACCUGGGAAUAAGAAAAGAAGUGUUAUUGAAGGAAACUGGAACAAGCUACGUUCUCCCAUUCCCCCAUAUCACUAAUGUAAAAAAAAAGCCACAACAAACCCUGACUGAACA